AUGUCGUGGCUACUUCAGAAGAUCGUCCACAAUGAGGCGAUGAGAACUGACCCCAAGGAGAUUUAUGGGUGGAGAGUCUAUGCCCUGGCCUGCUCCGCUUGCUUUGGUGGAAUGCUUUUUGGUAUGGACUCUGGCAUCAUUGGCGGAGUUCUCACUAUGCCACCAUUCGAAUCCAAAUAUGGCCUCACGGGUCUAAGCAAGACUGCGCAGGCUAAUCUCUCUGCAAACAUUGUCUCCACUCUCCAGGCAGGCUGUUUCUUCGGAGCUUUGUUGGCAUCUCCCGCCGCCGAUCGAUGGGGGAGAAGGUAUGCCCUACUCGGUGCAGCGACGCUUGGAAUUGUAGGUGUCGUUAUGCAAGCCGCAGCUAGUGGUCACCUCGAGGUCAUGUAUAUCGGACGUCUCAUCACCGGCUUUGGUGUUGGCUCCGCCUCAAUGAUCAACCCCCUCUACGUCUCAGAAAACGCACCACGCGCUAUUCGUGGCGGCCUAACCGGUCUCUACCAACUCUUCAUCACAAUGGGAAUCAUGCUUGCUUUCUGGAUCAACUACGGCUGUCUAUUGCAUAUGAGUGGUUCUUCUAUGUACCUUGUCCCUCUGGCAAUGCAAGCCCUACCCGCAGUCCUUCUAUUCUUCGGAAUGCUCCUAUGCAACGAGUCGCCUCGCUGGCUGGCCAAGCAGGACCGAUGGGAAGAGGCUCGCGCGACUUUGUCGAAAGUCCGAGCGCUUCCUGCGGAUCAUCCCUAUGUGGAAGAGGAGUUCCAGGCCAUUGCGACUCAAUUGGAACAGGAGCGUGCUUUGGUUGGUGGCUCCGGCUUCUGGGACCUGAUGAAGGAGAUGUGGCUUAUUGCUGGUAACCGGAAUCGAGCUAUGAUUUCAAUCUUUUUGAUGGUGUGCCAGCAGAUGACUGGUACCAACGCUAUAAACUAUUACAGCCCGCAAAUUUUUCAAAACUUGGGCAUCAAGGGUAAAGCAACCAACCUAUUCGCCACAGGCGUCUACGGAAUCGUGAAAAUGGUCAGCUGUGGCGUCUUCCUCAUUUUUGUUGCCGACUCCCUCGGUCGUCGCCGCUCCCUUCUCUGGACUUCCAUCGCUCAAGGUCUGGCAAUGCUGUAUAUCGGUCUAUACGUCCGCAUCGCGCCUCCGGUUGAAGGAGCACCAGUAAUCCCGGCCGGCUAUGUUGCUUUGGUCUGCAUCUUCCUCUUUGCGUCGUUCUUCCAGUUUGGUUGGGGCCCUGUAUGCUGGAUCUAUGUUUCUGAGAUCCCGAGCGCUCGUCUCAGAUCGCUCAAUGUGGCAUUUGGCGCGGCGACGCAGUGGCUGUUUAAUUUUGUCGUGGCUCGGGCUGUGCCGGUUAUGUUGACUACCGUUGGUGCCAAUGGUUAUGGAACAUACAUUAUCUUUGCAUGCUUCUGUUUCUCUAUGUUCUUCUUUGUCUGGUUCUUUAUUCCAGAGACCAAGGGUUUGUCGCUCGAGAAGAUGGAUGAUCUCUUCGGAGUCACAGAAUUGCUUCAGCAAAAGGCUGCUGAUCCCGAGCAGGGUAUUGUCACCGCCGAUGCGGACAAAAUCGCUGGCUCUCACGUCGAGCAUGUGAACCCUUCGAUGGCUAACACGCAACCUGUUAACAAAGUAUAA